AUGUCGGCCUCUACCGCCUCUGGCGCGAAGGAGGCGGACGAGGCCACCAUGCAGCCAUGGGUGCAGUGCGACCGCUGCAGCAAGUGGAGGCGCGUGCCCAAGAGUGUGGUCGACUCGCUCGGCGACGACGACGCAUGGUACUGCGACGACAAUCCAGAUAAGGCGUUUGCCAGCUGCGAGGUGCCCCAGGAACUCACGGACAAGGAGAUUGACGUUGACCUGCAGCAGGCCGCCGCGCUCGCCGCCGCCGGCGCCCCGUCGCCCGGCAAGCCGCAGCAGCCGCACCAGCAGCAGCACGGCGGCGCGCCGCACCAGCAUCACCCGGCCCCGGCACCCGCCGGGAAGCUGCCGGCGGUGUGGCAGCUGAUAUCCGACAACCUAUUCAGCCACCGCAAGCGCAAGGUGCAGGACGAGGACGACAUCAUGGUCUGCCAGUGCCCGCCCCCCUGGCGCGGCGGCGACGGCUGCGGCCCCAACUGCCUCAACCGCAUGCUGUGCAUCGAGUGCACGGACGACUUCUGCCCCUGCGAGAACCACUGCACCAACCAGACGUUCACGCGGAAGCAGUACGCGAAGCUCGCGGUGCGCCGCGCAGGACCCAAGGGCUUUGGGCUGUGGGCUGAGCAGGACAUCAAGGCGGGGCAGUUCAUCAUUGAAUACAUUGGGGAGGUGCUGGAGGAGGAGGAGUACCUGCGGCGCAAGGACUACUACAACUCCACCGGCCAGCGCCACUACUACUUCAUGAACGUCGGGAACGGAGAGGUCAUCGACGCGUGCCGCAAGGUGCGGCCGCCUUGGCCGGCGGGACAGGCGCGCCGGACGCCUCAGCGUGUGGGCAUAUGA